GGGACCAAUACGAAGCUCGCUAGCAAUCCUUGUCGCUACUCGCUAGUCGAGUCACAGUCCCACUAACCAUGGGCCUUCCACUUCGCAUCCGAACAUCAGUGCUCGGAGGACCGUGGUACCCUUGCGACAGUCGAUUCCCGUAUAUGGUGUAUUGGUUUUAGACACAUUUAAAAGUCUGAACCAUGGCCCAACAGCCCUCUCGCCACGUUCAGGAAUGGAUCAAGCAGCAACACGCCGAAGCGGAGGAUGCUUCCCGAAAGUUGCGUAAAGCAAAGCCAAAACCUCGAAGUUCACUCGAGGAUGCUCUCCGCCACGAGCCGGCUACACAAGCCUGGGUCCCAGAGCAGAUCCCGUUGCCCGAAUCCAGUGAUGGGACAUCCAUGUCCAGUAGCAUCGCCGAAGGCUCCAGAGGAUAUGAGGACCGGGAUGGAAAUACAGCGCGGGAUUCACUGCAUAUGGUCGACCGACACGGCACCUUAAUUCCAGCGGCCUCAGUUCCGCUGCCGGAAUCACGAACCCCGUCGCCAGCGGGGAGGCGCUUGUCGCAGCAGGUAGUCACGAGACCGAGACAGAGGCCCCAGUGGCAGUCGCAAUCGCAGUCGCAGUCAUAUCAGCCCUAUGAUCGGGUUCUCGCUCGCGCGGCAGACGUGUUCGACCACAUCAAAAAUGGCAAUAUACGUGCAGAACCCCGCUUACGGAAUACCUCUAUCACACUGUAUGAGUAUUACGGUGAUGGCUUGGUGACGCGCGUAGGGCUAGAAGGUCCGGAGUCAGUCUCCGAUUUCCGGGAUGUGUCAGAGGGGUUAAGAAGGCGCGUCUUUCUUAUCGAGGAUCUCUCCGUGAGAGCAAUUCAUUGCUUUGGAGAGACGUUCGGGAUCACACCAGAAUUCUUUGAGGAGCAUCUGCUUAAUUCUGGAUGGAGCGGAGCGAAGUACAAUGAUCCCCCAGCACAGUCGUGGACAACAGCCAGACUGCCGAAGUCAUAUACUUCGAUCCAGUGGUUCCGGCCUGUGUACCGACGACUUCCUAUUUUUUCGAGGCGCGACCGUGAAGACCUGCUUGAUGUGGAUAAUGAUGGUUUGGAGUAUACUUCGGGGGGCUCGCCGAUUAAUAUCCGGGCGGAGACGAAUAUCUUCCGCUCAGAGUGGGAUCUGCGCAUCAAUCCUCGAGGCACAAUGGACGAUAUGGGGGAGUUUGGCUUGGUGGAGCGAACGUCAAUCUGGAGAAAGUUUGACAAGAACAGGGGAUAUGAGAUUGUUCAGGAAAGCGAUGCUGGUACAGACGAUGGAUAUAUCGUGAGCGAUGAUGAUGAUGAUGAUCAUGACAACGGCAAUAUGGAUGGAACGACAACUCAGCCAAUUAUAAUAAUAGACGGUGACGAUACAGUCGAGCGACUGGAGAUUCCGAUUGAGAACCCACGGCGAGAAACGGAACGACGACCAGUGCUGAGCUGGCUACACAGACGACGGAAACGCAAAGUCAGCGAGAAAACGAUAAAUGUCAUGACAAGCCUCCAGGUACUAGUCAAACAGAUGGCCCCUCGCAAGUCCAUCACCAUCGAUCUAGAGGAGGCAUUCUUCGCAGAUGAUGCGUCCAACGUGAGCACCCUUCAAAAGGAGCUCACCGAGACCAGAUCCACGCGUCAGGAGUUUGCUGAGAUAAUGGACAGACAGGGUAUGGAGGCCAGUCUACUUGACAUGUUGUUCGGGAUCAUCCGAAAAGACACGUCAACCUUGCUCCAGGUCCUGGGCCAGAUCUUGAGUGACAUGGAUAAUGAUCUUCUCGAUGACACCAAGAUGGAAGAUCGGCUAGCUUUAUGGCGUCAACUCAUCAAGAGGGCAGAAAAAGAGCUCACCGAACUAAAGACUUCAACCAAGAGCUUCCUGUUUUAUUUCGGUAUUACGCACAUACCAGAUACGCCUUCAAUCACCGUGGAUGACGAUGAUAUCAGCAGCGGCGUAUCAGAUCUCUUCCAGGAAAUUGACAAGAUGUUAGAACGGCUCCGCCGUGGAUCUACGGCAUUGACGUCCAACAUGGGCCUUCUUGACAGUCGGCGCUCGAUCGACGAGGCUCACGCCGUGACUAGACUCACUGAGCUAGCCUUCCUCUUUAUCCCUUUAUCGUUCUCCACGUCUAUAUUUGGGAUGCAAAUCAAGCCGUUCGAGGACUCGGUCCCCUUAUGGAACUUCCUCGUCGUGGCGAUUUCUGUGACGACAUUUGCGUACUUGAUGCGCCUUACUAUGCGCAGCCAGUGGCUCUCCAGCGUGAAGCAGAGUGUUAAGCUCGAUGUUAGACGGUACGCGGAGCAGCACAGUCUCCCCGUGCAGGCCCGGUCUCUGUCGAUGCUCCUGCUCCUCCUGUGGUCCGGAAGCGUCGUCAAACGCAGCAGUAAGUUCACCUCGGUGUGGAUAACACGACACAGUCGCAGGGCUGGUGUGCGGUUAUGGAAGGUCGUUGGAUUCCCCAUCAGCUUGGUUACGCUUGUCGGCCUCGUUGCAGUCGUACCGCUUUCUGUCUUGUGGACUCGAAACCUCGAUCACGGUGUGCAGACCACGGUUACUGUUCCUAUUCUUAUUGCGAUUGUGGUUCUCGUCGGGAUUCCAUACUGGAGAAAUUCGAAGCCCGAGUUUCGAAACGCAUUUCCAGAACUCAUAGUGGGUUUGCUCAAGCGCAUCCCGCGCACCACCCGAUUCCUCCUUCUUGGUGGUCUUGGGUUCGCGGCUCUAUUCAUCGUUCCACUGGCGCUCAUAUGGACGCGACCGUUGGCAACGGGGGUUAAGGCUGGUCUGACCACGGCCAUUGUAAUCAUUCUGCUCUUAGGCGCUGGCAUCCUGUCCAUGGGGCUAGUAUUUUCUAGAAAUUCCCACUUUGCGCGAGGGAGUGUUACCUACGAGACGGACCGGUCCUCAGAACCCUAUCUUGAUCCCAGUUAACUACGCUCAUUAUGGCCAGAUCCUACAACCAGAAGUUAACCUAUAUUCUAACAUCGCCGCUGUGUCGCUAAAUAAACUAAUCGUAUUUUGACAACCCAACUUUCCCAAUAGGUACAUGACACCCGAAGGGUCCGCUCAAUCAAUAUAAGCCCAAUGUUCGCACACAUACUUGAAAAACGAUAUCAGUCGUCCUCCGUCAACACACGAAUCAGCGAAAUACUCCAAAUCAUGAUCAGAAGCGCGAAGGUCGAAAGACCCAUGCACACCACCGCAGCCCAUCCGAGCACCACGGCCGCGAUCCCCACAUGGCUCUCGACGGC